AUGUCCGCCCUACUACGGAAGGUCAAAUCGACCAUCAGUGCCGGGACAUCGGAACGCAAUAAUGGCAAUGGCCUGGACGCAACUGGCCAGCGGGACAAGGCCAACAACAACAAGAUACUGGUGACCAAAAGCCGCUUACAGAAAGCAUAUUCUCGUCCCGAGAUAUUGGGUGACGACGAGUCAAACAACAGCACCAACAAGAAGACCGCUCUAGAACAACAGAAUCAGCUCUUACCUGAUUUCGAUCUCCAGCAGCAGCACAACCAUCCAUUGACCCAGUUUCGGAGACGACUGGCUAGAAAAGCUUCGACUUUCAGCCUUCGCUCGAAACGGUGGAAAGGUGAAGCGCAACGACGGGACUACGAAGAGCAAAAGGUGGAUACAGAGUCAGGUACUGUUCGCCGACAUCUGGGACAUCAUUUGCAGCAGCCGCAAGAGCCCAAGCUUCGCAGAGGUUCGGUUGCUGAGAUAGUAGAAGAUCAAGAUCAAGAUCCAGCAGGAAUACAAACCGAAAGCGAUCGUCAGUCCCAUUCGAGCUCCGACACUGUGUUGCGUCGCGAAGCAACAGCAAUCACACCCAAGGCCUGUAGUGAACGAGAAAGAGCAGCACCUACUUCUACUGCCGGAGACAGUGUGGUCGCCUCGCAGCCUCCCUCACAGCAAGACUCUAUCUUCCAGGAACAACGAGGACACGUUUGUGUCGACCAAGCAGGCGGAAAGACCUUGACCAACAUGGCAUCCGAUCACACCGCCACGCCCCCUGUCCCUUACACCCGUCUCAAGGAGAUUACGGAAAAUGCGUGCGAGGCCGCUCUUGCAGACGUUAAAGCAUAUUCACACCCAGAGACAGAGUCUUGGAAUACGACCAUCAUCAACAGCAUCUUAGGCGCCUUGGUCGAGGAGACGAGCCAAAAAUCAGCAUCGGGAUCAGGCCCUGCCCAGCCUCAGUUCAAGUACAUCGUCAACAGCACAAUCAUACAACAUGCGGCUGCUUCGUCGACUCCGGGCGAUGACGGCAAGAAGACAAGUGGUCGUCGUGGCAUGCAUGCGGCCAGUGGCGCAUAUUGGAACAACGAGAAGGACGGCAUGUGGAGCUACAAGUACCCCGGCGCCGACAGCAAGGGGUUGGACGUGGUUAUUGGCAUCAUCUGGAUUUGGGUAGGCUGAUCCGCCGACAGCUUGAAGCACAUACUAGGGAUGGUGGCCGGCGAAUAGCAACCAUACGUGGUAGAGGAGACACAGAUGGAUCUCCGCGCCUCCUACGGCAGUGCUUGUUGAGUUACCGAGCAAAGAUAUCAGCGCUCAGGGCUGUAGAAGCAUGUUGUCACGAGUGCCCUUGGACAUAUGACUCGACCAAGCAGUCGCUAAAAUGCUUCCGAGCCAAUUUCGGUGCGGUCAUGAACCUUGAUAAAAAGCAAUUGAUUUGUUGUACGGUGGUCUCAUCGAGAGCUGAAUCCGAUAUUAGUACACAAGCCCAACCAUGCCGUCGGCGCAAUCAGUCCAUCGAUGUGGAGAAGGCGUUCAUUGCUGAUGGGUGCAAGAUACAGCAUUGUACAUCUGCUCGCCUGUAACUACCACAGCAGUGUGACAUCGAUUCAUGGUCAUGGAACAGUUUGUGAACGCGGGAAUGGCCAUCACGUUUCCCACCAUCCAUCAACCCACAUGGAGGACGAAAGAGCAAUAUCUUUUGGAAUUUUUGGAAUUCCGCUGUCCGUCAUCCACCGUGAGCGGUCACUCUCCGCCCAUAGUGAGGGAUUAUGCUCCUAAACAGGGAGUGGGAUUUUUUGACGCCCUUAUGCCUCUACCCAGCCGUCACUGACACGAUCAAACAAGGCGAGACUGACCAGGGCCCAUAACGCAAGUAGACGUCGAAUCGGCAGUAGUACUAGCGAGUGUUUGGCGUGAGCGAAGGGGGAGCUUUUUUUAGCCCAAGUGAUGGCCAAUUGGGCCACCACUGCUAUGGACGUAGCCAUACAAGUGAUUCAAUUAUGGACCUGAGGAUCAGCUCGAUUCCAAGAGACGGUCGAUUCCGUGCACCGGUCUCAUUCACUGGCGUACAGUUCAACGCGACCAUCGUCUGUCUGCACAAUCGAACCAAGUGAUACUCCAUCAGCGUUGCUUGAAUCUGAUCCAGUAUGGCCAAGCUGCAUACCCAGAUACCUACGAUGUACCAGGUACUGUUCUUUUGGGGGGGGAUAGCCACCUGCAGGUAGCAGCGUCGCUUGUUACCAUCGAUUCCUGUUCCACGAUGGCUUCCCAGCCAGAUCGGGAGAUAGGGUUGUACUGGUAGUGUGGAUACGUUCCCAUUGCCAAUCUGUGCAUCGGUACCUUUCAUCGAGGGAGAACCCGCUGCUGAAGUGAGAG